GUCGGAGCCGGUGGGCUCGGCGCUGCAGCAGACCAUGGACAGAAGUUGCUGGGUGUGUUUUGCCACUGAUGAAGAUGAUCGAACAGCAGAGUGGGUGAGACCUUGCAGGUGCAGGGGCUCUACAAAAUGGGUUCAUCAGACUUGUCUACAACGCUGGGUGGAUGAAAAGCAGAGAGGAAACAGCACAGCUAGAGUUGCAUGUCCUCAGUGCAAUGCAGAAUACUUAAUAGUAUUUCCAAAUCUAGGUCCAGUUGUUUAUGUCUUGGACCUUGCAGAUCGACUGAUCUCAAAAGCAUGUCCGUUUGCUGCAGCUGGAAUAAUGGUGGGAUCCAUCUACUGGACAGCUGUCACUUACGGAGCUGUGACAGUGAUGCAGGUUGUAGGUCAUAAAGAAGGUCUUGAUGUCAUGGAGAGAGCUGAUCCAUUAUUUCUUUUAAUUGGGCUUCCCACCAUUCCAGUCAUGCUGAUUUUGGGCAAGAUGAUUCGCUGGGAAGACUACGUGCUUAGACUGUGGCGCAAAUAUUCUAACAAACUGCAAAUUCUGAACAGUAUAUUUCCAGGGAUUGGAUGUCCUGUUCCUCGUAUUCCAGCAGAGGCUAACCCUUUGGCAGAUCAUGUCUCUGCUACUCGUAUUCUAUGUGGAGCUCUAGUCUUUCCGACUAUUGCUACAAUAGUGGGCAAGCUGAUGUUCAGCAGUGUUAAUUCAAACUUGCAAAGGACAAUCUUGGGUGGGAUUGCUUUUGUUGCUAUAAAAGGAGCUUUUAAAGUUUACUUCAAACAGCAGCAAUACUUGCGCCAAGCUCACCGCAAAAUUUUAAAUUACCCUGAGCAAGAAGGAGCAUAAAGCUGUGAUCUCCAGAUGUUGUACAAUCUCAUCUACCAGAUGCUCUCUUGUUGUAUUGAUUCCAUCGUUAUUGCACAGUAGUGGAGAAUUGUGAUAAGUUGCUGCGCCUAUUUUUUUCUUCAAAUAUAAUAAAGCACUUUCUUUUGGCAGAGUAAAUCCUUUCAGAAAUCACUGAAUCCAAGAAUGUGAUUUAUUUUCAUUAUUUUUGUGCAUUUCUUUUAUGAUAGGCAAGCAUCUGAAUCAUCAUCUUCACACCACUAUGCUGAACUUGAAAAAAAAAAAAAUCAGUAAAAGCCCCAAACAAAACUAAAGUAUGAGAUACAAUGUACAGUUUCUUAAUGUAUUAACUGUAUCUACAUACUGUGUAUUACAGUCUUUGCACAAUAUUUUCAUAUACAGGCCAUUCAGUUCAGCCUAAGGACAGCAUGAAAGGAAUCUCCUAAAGCAGUGGAGCUCAACCUUUUAGUGGCAGAGCUGGUACUUGUGGGCUAACAUGCCUCUCCAGUAGAAGGUGGGGGGGGAAGAGAACGAGGAGGAAGGUGGCUGCCUGCCAUAGGGAAGGAGAGAGGGAGAGCGCAAGCAGCAUGGCAUGGCACGGCACAGGGCAGAGAAGGGGAUAUGCAGGGCCAAACUUUGCCAUUGAUCCUCUGUACUGUGAGCCAGAUCCAGUAACUUUGGGGGUUGGAUUCAGCCUCCAGGCCAUAGGUUAAGCACCACUGUUCGAAAGGAAUUUUGCUUGAACCUUAUUGCUAAGGAAAAUUAUUUGGACUUCAUUCAGUAAGGAUUCCCUUGGUCAUAGCUGAAGUUACGAAUUAGAUGUGAAAUAUAAAGUCUAAAAUAUUUUCAUUAAUUGGAUAGCUAAGCAGAAGAUUAAUUGUUUUCUAAAGGGUCCACAUAGCCAACUUUGCCACCUAAAGUACUAGGUGUGAAAAUGAGCAUGGCUUUUGAUUAAUUUUGUUAUUGUUGGUAGUGCCUAGUAUUGCUCUCUUGCACUCCUUUCCUUCCUGUACAAUAACUAGUAUUGUAUUGUAUUAGCUCCAUCUAUUACUAGAAAAAUUAUUUACCUGGAAAGUGAGUUUCAAUCACUUAUUUUUGUAAUUAGUUAAAAUGUUAGAAAAGCUGUUUAGUUCCCCCUUUUCAGGUCAUUUUAAUUAUGCAGUUAUCUCUUCCAGUAGAAAAUGCCAGAAAAUUGAAAAACAACAUUGGACAUCAGGGAAGCAUCUUGGCCCUCUAGUCUGACCAAAACAAAAAUAAAAAAAAAACAACUAAAGGAUAAAUCUUAUCUGUAAUAAAGUAAAGUAAUUGCUUGCAGCCACAAAGUGUACUCUCGUAAAGUUUCCACUGGCCUAUUAGAGAGAAACACUGGCAUUUAACUCUGAUUACUCCACUUUAUUCAUAAAUCCACAUUUUUCAAUGGAUACUAUUACAUUAAGUGGUAAUUUUGACAGACAAAAUGUAGCCAUUUAAUAUCCAUAGAAGACUUAUUCUGGAUUUAGUUAUUACAAUUCUUGAUGCAUAACAAUUGAAUGAUUAAGUUCUGCUUCUUAAAGUUGUCAUUAUCUAUUAUUUCUAUGUUCACAAUAGUAUGUCAAAUGCAUGAAGGUAAAAGUUUCCUUUAGUGAAAGUAUUGGUAAGUAAAUGUUGCUUUUCACUAGAAAUGAAGCAACUAUAAAGUGGACUUCAUAUUUGAUUGCAAUAAUGUAUGUUAGUGACACUCAAAAUAUGGUACCUUUUCUAUAGAAUAUUACCUUAAAUAUUGAGAUGUAAUAUUUUAGAAAUGUAUAAAAAGUGUAUAUAAUACCCAAUUGGUAUUCCAGGACUACAGUUAAUGAAAAUUAUAUGUGCAUAACUGAUGCUUUCAGAUUCUUGAUAUAAUUGAAAAAAUACUAUAAUCUUUCAAGUCUGCUGAUUACAUUGGUCUUAGAGUAGGCUGACUUUUUAUAUACAUUUACAUACACAGCAGCAGCCUCUGAAAGGUGCUGUUUUUCUGUAAGAUAGCCUUGAAACAAUAUAAUACGUUUCUUACAGAAUUCCUCAGUGCAAAGAGAGUUUUUCAGUGGUCUUCAUUGUAUAUAUUUCCAACCACUUUAUUACUGUUUUUUAAAGUCUCAUGCAAAAUCCAACAAUGCAAAUAAGUGGUUUUGUUCCAUGUGGAAGCUAAUUGUCUUCUAUGAAAAACUGAAGCUGUUGUACAUUAUAUGGUUACAAAAUACUGGAAAGUUUAUAAAAAUGAUUUAGACUGAAUGGCAGAGAGCUGUUAUGUUUGAUUACCAUGUUGUAAAAUCUUGGUUUUAGUAUUGAGAAUCAUAAUCGGACAUUGAAUUAGGUUAAAUAAAUAUUUUUACAUUCUUUAGUGUAUUUUGUCCAUUGAACAAAUAGUGCCAAAGCCUACAAAAGAAUUAGAGACAAAAAGUAGCGUACUCCUAAUUUUUUUAAAUGCAUGUCCCAUGGUUUUUAUGAGUUUUUUUAAGUUAAACUUUUUUGGGACAGGAAGUUAUUUUAAAGAUCUAAGUGUUAAGGCACCAUUUACUUAAAGUUUGUGGUUAACUUUAUUCACUUUGUGUUUUCUCCCACUAUCAUGAUCAAUAAAUGAUGCAGGAAAGUGCAUUGUCUGAAA